AAGGCUAACUUCAAAUAAUAUCUUCAUAAAAAUGUUUGAAGCUCCAUAAUUCAUUGACAAGAAUUUUUCUUGACACAUUUGAGAAUGACUACUCACAAUGAUUCUCAAGAAUCACUCCUUAAUGCUGAGAAUGUCUUAGCAUCCAGCAGUGAACCUCUUGCAGGAGUUGGAGCUGUCAAAAAGUUUGUUCUUUCUAUUAGUGUGGAACCUGUUCUCUUCAGCUAUGUGUUGGCAAUGUCUCUUACAUCAACACUCACCACAAGUUUAUUGCUGGAGAGGAUUUGUCUCUUGACAUUUGGAGGCAAUGAAACUAUAUGCAGCAACAUCUCGCAAAACAGCUCACUGCAGAAUAAUGUUGAGAAGACCACAGCAGAUAUAAAUUUAUACUGCAACCUCAUCACUAAUCUUCCAUCCAUUAUACUUGGACCCCUACUGGGAGAUUACAGUGACAAACAUGGACGUAAACUGCCCCUGGUCCUCCCACUUGUUGGGGCUACCUUCACCUCAAUAGCACAAAUGGCAUUUGCAUUUGUACAAUCAGCUGACCCAAUGUGGCUGGUUGCUUGCUCUCUGCCACGAGGCCUCACGGGAGGCUUUGCUAUCCUCAUCAUGGCAUGCUACUCCUACAUCACUGAUAAGUCUGGAGAAAAGUCGCGCACCAGCAGGAUUGCAGUGCUUGAUGCAGCAAUGGUGGUAGCUCUGCCUGUGGGUCUACUGCUAAGCGAUGUGCUGUACUCCAAACUAGGAUACUGGCCUGUCUUUGCUGUCUCCGCUUGUAUCUACUUACUUGCACUUCAGUAUUUAGCUGUCAGAAUAAACAGUGAAAAUACGAAUGCUGUUCGUGAACCUUGUCAAGUUGUUUGGGACCAACAUGGUGAUGGAGACAUGGAGCCCCUAAGUCCAGAUAAUGUCCAGCCUGCUCCAGAAAAUAACGCAUUAGCAAAUCAAAUGUUGUGUAUCGGUGGAUGCAUGACGUCACUUCGGGAUACAAUAAACACUUGCUGCAAACGGCGCCCUUGUUAUGGACGAGCACGUCUCUGGAUCCUCAUCUUGACUCUUUGUUGUCUGGUGAUCACUUAUGGGACUGUCGACUUCUUGUAUCUGUACAUGGAACUACGCUUUGGGUGGGACUACUCCAGCUUCGUGUAUUACACCAUAGCGUCGAUGAUGGUGGAUCUGACUGGCACGGGCCUGAUCAUGUUCUUCGCGAGCUACAGACUCGGCGCGCCCGACUGCGUGCUGGGCUUGGUGUGCUCUGUAAUCCUCGCCGCCUCGAGAACAGCCCUGGGUCUUGCUACCACUGUGUCCAUGCUUUUUCUGUCGUCGGGCUUGUCGUUUUGCGGAAUCGUGCCUCUCGUUGUGAUCCGCUCGCAGCUGAGCAAGAGCGUUUCUCCAGAAGAGGUUGGCAAAGUGUUUUCUCUGGUGUCGUCGGUGGAGAGCAUUUUGCCUAUGAUCUCCUUGCCUGGCUUCACCGAACUCUUCAAACUUACGCUCGACUACAUGCCUGGGGCCAUAUUCUUUGCAGCGGCUGCAAGCUUUGCUCUCGGCGCUUGCUUAUAUGGGGUCAUGUUAAUUCUGGAGCGCCUGUCAGCGUCAAGCAGUGAGGCGCUGGAUGACACUUCUCAGGAGCCUCGCGAGAACGUCGCUACCUGAUAUUUAUUUAGGCAUGCCAAGGCUUCUCUCAAUCGCUGUUCAUAUUUCGUUAAUUUUUUUUUAUUUCACUAAAAUGAAGGUUUUAAACAUUGUCAUCCAUGCUUAGGAAUUUGGCCGUACAUUUCCAUGAGAUUGUUGAUGGUUGUGAUUUUAGAAUUUGGUUAGGUUGUGACAAUAAUUAAUUGGUACCUUUUAUAUAAGACUGGUUUUGUAAUGAAUGUGCUAGCUAUGGGACUUUCGUUUCUCGUCACGGCUGGGAGUUGUGGACAAGAAUUGUUAUAACCAAAUUCUCUGGUGAAUUCAUGUUGCUUUAACAGUUGAUUGUCCCUCCUUUGAGAACUAUGAGCCGCCGUUCAGAUGAGUGGCCGCUCAUUAUAUAAAUAAAUUAAUUGCUGCCUGCCAGUGCAAUACUUUCCUCUCGUGUAAAUGAUGAAUAAUUCUAUUCCAAGGACAUUUUUAAGACUGAACCUUGAGUGUAUUGUAUACGGGGUUAAUUCACUUAUUAUAUUGUGUCA